CAAUAAUUGGCAUCAAAUGCUUAUGGAGAUUCGCACUGUUGCUGAAUUCCAAGAUCUGGCAACAUCAAUUAUUAUAUUUAAAAAAAUAUAAUUAGCUUUUUGUUUGAUUGGAAGAGAGAAAAAAGAAAAGAAAGAAGAAGCAUAAAGUGUUAGCAGGAGGAGCAAUACUAGUAAAAUAAUUUUAGUGUUUUAGUGAGAGAAUAAAGUUUACACAGAAGAGCCAAUUAGAGUUCCGUUGGAAAGAAAGUUGCCCGAAAAGAUUGAAGUGAGAAUUGGGAGAAAAUGGCUGCUGAGUCAUCAAAGACGACGGGUUUUGGUUUGAAUCACAGCACCUGCAAUUCAGAGUUGAUUCCUAAUCCUAAUUCAAAUCCUAUGACUAUGGCUUUUGGUAUGGGUAUGGGAAUGGGCAAUUACUUUGCUUCUUCGUCUGGCUUCAUCCCUGGAUUACUUCAACCUCCCAAUUCUUCUUCUACUUCUACUUUUCUUGAUUCCUUCGGCCUCAAACAUGAUACUGGAUUGGCCGUCGACUGGUCUAUGGAUGAGCAGCUUAAAUUGGAGGAAGGCCUUCUCAAAUAUUCUGAUGAGCCAAACAUCAUGAGGUAUGUAAAGAUUGCGGCUACUUUGCGUGACAAAACUGUCCGUGAUGUUGCAUUGAGGUGUAGGUGGAUGACUAGAAAGCGAAGAAAACCUGAAGAGUAUAAUUUUGGAAAGAAAGUGAACAGCAGGAAGGAUAAGCUGGUGGAAUUGAACUCAAAGACGAAUAUACCUUUAGCUCAUUCACAGAACAUGGGUUCCUAUCCUCUCUUAAUGCACCAUAUGGGCCAGAAUGGACCUUUUCCUUUCGAAGUUAGUGUGCAAUAA